AGGGUGCACUCCCACUCAUUUUCCCUUUUCUUUCCAGAAUUCCUCUGCCUUUUGUUCUUUCCAAGAAAACAAUUCCCCAUUAUUCUCCAUUCCCAUUUAACUUAAGCGGCCAUUGCUAAAGAAAAGGAUCCUUUUCUGAGCUCAUACCAACACUUGCGUUCUCAGAAAGAAGCCCAACUUUCUGAACUUGCAUUUGGAUUUGCUACCUUUUGCAGUUGAUGGUGAUGAAGGCCAAGUGGUUUUGCCACUUGAACAGGACUUUUCUCUCUAGUAUUCUUCUACUAGCACACUUUGUUUACUCCAAGAACCAUGGAAAUGCUGCAAACGAUCUUCUUGACAUCAUUAAUGCAAACCGAACGGCCCAGAAGCUACCUAAGCUAAACCCCAGUCCAGGCCUCGGCUGCAUCGCCCUGCAGUACGCAGAACAAUGCAAUGGCAACUGCAGCCGCAACAACACUAUACAUUGCCAGCCACCAGAAGACGACUUCACCGAAGUUUUUGCUCCCAAUUGCGGCGUUGAGCUCCCGACCUUCGGAACCAUAUCCGGCUACAUGUUGGGGUGCCGACAGAAGUACCUUCAGCCACCAGAAGCAUUCUCACACAUACUUGUCCAAGACCAGCGAAGUCUAUCUCUAUUGAGAAACAGGACGUUAACGGAAGUGGGAGUGGGCAUCAUUGGCGUCCAUAAGCAUAAAGGGCCUUACAUUUGGUGUGUUCUGUUCAGCAACAGCCAGACAAACACCACAUUUGUUCUUGAAGAUCUUGGUAAAGGAAUUGAGCAGAGGAGAGGGUGUUACAGUGGGAGCAGCAAGCCUUGCAGUACUGGACACCAGAAUGCUGCUGUGGCUGCAAAUAUAUGGACACUUCUGCUGCUUAUUUUUUCAUUUCAAGUUUGUCUGAACACUCUCAAUCUAUGACUAUGACUGCCUUGUUAAGGUUCCAAAUCAAAUUAAAUUUUGCAGGUGUACAACAGAGAAUUUUUCUGAUUACUUUGCUACUUUCGUUCAGACUAUGGACGUUUUGUGCCAAACUUGUAUCAUACUUAAAUGUGUGGAUAUAAACGAUUCACCACGACAAUAUAAUAACAAGCAUGUUUGUUUUA